AUGGCGGAGCAGUCGGAAGCUUCGGAAAAGAAGCAGCUCGAGCUGUUGGCCGAGCGCCUCGAACGGCUCGCCGCCGAGGAGCAUUCUUUCCGCUUGCGCCGGGCAGCCGCACGGGGGCUGUCCCCGGCAGACGCGCGGCGGAGCGCCUCGGCAAGCCCGGCGAAACUGGCGAACCGCAUGGAGAAGCUCGAGCAAGACGCCCAGCGCGCACGGCGCCGCAACGACGAUGUGGGCGACUUCUGCUCCUUGGCUUGGUGCUUGAGUGCAUCCGGGGCCUGGGGUGCGGAUUAUGGCUGCUUACGGACGCCUCCAUUGCGGGUGAUUCUGCUCACGCUGGGCGCCUCCGUUGGCCAAUCUACAGCUGCAGCCCGUGAUGCUCUCGUUGGGCACCUUCUGUGGCCAAUCCGGGCCAAGGCUUGA